AUGGACCAGAAACUGAAGAAAAGGGAAAAGACACUUGGCCAGAAAGGCCUUGGUAGAAGAGCUGUCAGUGGGGACAAGUCACCGCCAGCCCCGCAGGAACCUCCUGACACAACGUGUACCUUACGUGAUGAGAAAGUGUGCUAUGAGACUAGCUUUCGGGUUGUUGAAGAGGAUUCCUUCUCUGACUGUUACAUAGAAUGCAUAAUAAGAGGUGAGUUUUCUGAACCUAUCACGGAAGAGGACUCACUUAAGUCCUUUGACUGUCUGAAACAAGGAUCAGAACAAGAGCUUUCUCAACAGGUUCUUACAGCAAGCUCACUUCUUGAACGUUCCUUGGAAUACAUGAAAAGGGGGGCAAAACAAGAACUUCCUCAACAGUUUGGUGGAGAGAAUUCACUUCUUGAGUCUUCUGAGUACAUGACAGGCAAGAAGCUUCCUCCUGGAGAAAUACCCAGCAUUGACUUUUCAGAUCCUAAACAGCUCACAGAAUGUACUAAAAUGAAGCCAUGUACAAAUAAAGAAUAUGAUGCUGCAGAAAAAAUUAUUUGUCCUGAGAGUGGAUGCAUAAGAGAGUUCAAGAAUAGAGCAUCCCUGAGAAAGCAUCUCCGAGUUCAUAGUCCCCGAGAUCACGUAUGUGCAGAAUGUGGGAAAGCCUUCAAGGAGAGCGCAAAACUAAAAAGACAUUUUCUGGUUCAUACUGGAGAGAAGCCAUUUCCGUGUACUUUUGAAGGGUGCGGAAAACGUUUUUCCCUGUCCUUCAAUUUGCGUACACAUGUGCGCAUCCACACUGGGGAGAAACCUUUUGUAUGUCCCUUUGAAGGCUGUCUCAAGAAGUUUAUUCAGUCAAAUAACAUGAAAGCGCACCUCUUAACUCAUGCAAAGGCUGAAAUGAGUCAAUGA